AUGGAGACGUCCGACAUAGAAACGUUAUGCGCAGACCUAACGUUAGCGGAUGUGGAUGAUGAGGACAUGUCCAUGCAUGUUCCAAAUGUUACGGUUGGCGACAGCGAUGAUGAUGUGGGCUAUUAUGCAGUUGGUCGUCUGAUCACUGAUAGGAACAUUAAGUUCCCGUUCUUCCAGGAUACGAUGGCGACUGUAUGGCGUCCAACAAUGGGAGUCACUAUGCGACAACUCCCAACAAAACGGUACUUGAUAAGGUUCUACCAUGAGGGCGAUCUGAAUCGUGUGAUGAACGAAGGACCAUGGACGUAUGAGCAGAGUUUGUUGGUUAUGCGCAGGCUACUCCCUGGGGAUGAUCCGGAAACGGUACAACUUCAGCAUGUCGAGUUUUGGGUUCAGAUCCAUUCCCUCCCAGUUGGUUUUCGAUCUGAGGUAGUAGUCAAAGCGAUUGGCACCUUUCUGGGUGAGUGGGUACGAUCAGACGAUAGGAACUUUGACGGUUCCAUGGGCACAUAUUACCGAGUCCGGGUACUGAUAGAUGUCUCGAAGCUGCUUAAAAAACAUAUGAAGAUGAAGAGGGACAGUGGUACUUGGGCAGUCGUGGAUUUUCGGUUUGAAAGACUCCCCACAUUUUGCUUUUUAUGCGGGAUAAUCGGUCAUGGUGAUAAAUACUAUGUAAGGGCUCUACAUGGUAUUGAUCCCAAUAUUGAGAAGCCGUUUGGGGCUUAUAUGCGAGCGGGGUCUCGAAGAACGGCUCCUCUUGCUGUUAAUCGAUUUGUUGCCCCGGAAUCGAAUGUUGAAAAGAAAACUUGGACGGCACCGGGGGCAGAUUCUGUGUUCAUGUUGGCAGCAGUUCAAGUAGGUGCCAGUACCAGCGUUACGGCACCCGAUAAGGGAAAAGUGCCACAGGUAAUACAUCCCUUAACUAACGUUGUUCCUACAACACAUGAUGCUGACGAGGGGGAUAUCACUGAGUUUGUGGUGGCGGAGCAGAAGCGUAAGAGGGUGGAUACUGAGACACCACUUACUGGUGCGAGCAUGUCUGAGAUGGAUAUUGAAAUUGAGGUUCCAAAAAAUGGGGAUGGUGCGAGCUCUGCUCAGCAGGCUCGCCUAGAAUUAUGA